CGUAGGCCCUGUGGCUCAGGAAGAGGGCAGAGAAGGAAAACGAUUUUGUGGAAUGGUGGUUGCCGUUUAUGGAACACUAUCAGACCUACUCUCUGUAGCCAGCAAUAAACUAGGAAUAAAAGCCACUAGUGUGUACAAUGGAAAAGGUGGCUUGAUUGAUGAUAUCGCUUUGAUCAGAGAUGAUGAUGUUCUGUUUGUUUGUGAAGGAGAACCGUUUAUUGAUCCUCAAACGGACCCCCCGACGGACACUCCGACGGAGCUCCGGACCCCAGAAGGACUAACGGGGUCCCACACAGACUGGCUAACACUCAAUGUCGGAGGGCGGUACUUUACAACCACACGGAGCACUUUAGUAAAUAAAGAACCUGAUAGUAUGUUGGCCCACAUGUUCAAAGACAAAGGUGCCUGGGGAAAUAAGCAAGAUCACAAAGGAGCUUUCUUAAUUGACCGCAGUCCCGAGUACUUUGAACCAAUUUUGAAUUACCUGCGUCACGGACAACUCAUUGUAAAUGAUGGCAUAAAUUUAUUGGGUGUGUUAGAAGAAGCCAGAUUUUUUGGAGUUGAUUCACUGAUUGAACAUUUAGAAGUAGCGAUAAAGAAUUCUCAACCAGCAGAAGAUCAUUCUCCGAUAUCCCGAAAGGAAUUUGUCCGUUUCCUGCUUGCCACCCCGACCAAAUCCGAGCUGCGUUGCCAGGGGCUGAAUUUCAGUGGUGCUGAUCUUUCACGUUUGGACCUGCGAUACAUCAACUUCAAGAUGGCCAAUUUAAGUCGCUGCAACUUAGCUCAUGCCAACCUCUGCUGUGCAAAUCUUGAGCGAGCCGAUCUCUCAGGAUCAGUGCUUGAUUGCGCAAACCUCCAGGGUGUGAAGAUGCUUUGUUCUAAUGCUGAAGGAGCAUCUCUGAAAUUAUGUAAUUUUGAAGAUCCCUCGGGCCUUAAGGCCAAUUUGGAAGGUGCUAAUCUGAAAGGGGUGGACAUGGAAGGAAGUCAAAUGACAGGAAUUAACCUCCGAGUGGCUACGUUAAAAAACGCAAAGCUGAAGAACUGUAACCUUAGAGGAGCAACUCUGGCAGGGACAGAUUUAGAGAAUUGUGACCUGUCUGGGUGUGAUCUCCAAGAAGCCAACUUGAGAGGCUCCAACGUGAAGGGGGCGAUCUUUGAAGAGAUGCUCACACCCCUCCACAUGUCCCAGAGCGUCCGAUAAGAACCUGGGGGAACCGAUGGGAUGGCCACAUACCCGGGAAGAAGAGAGACAUCCUCACAGCGGUGACCCCUCACUCUCCUGCUCAUCUGCAGAGCAGGAACAGAACUGUUUAGAGAAUUAAAAAAAAACCAUUAGAUGAUAAUGAACAUCCUCAGUAGUGCCUAAGGAAGUAUAUCUGACCUCCCUCCCCCCACCCCCAGUUAGAAGGGGACGGCAUUUAUUCUGUAAAUGUAGGGAAAAUCAACUCUAUUGCUGCCUUUCAAGUGAGCUGGGAUAAAGGGGGGUCUGCUCAUUUUGAACCAGGGAUGGUCAAUAUUAUUUUUUGCUUUGAAACGGGUGUAUUAUGGAAACAACUCCUCGGUUUGAAGUGCAUUGGAGGAUUUUAAUUUAUGAAAAGCACAAUAUAUGCAAUUAUAUUUAUUAAGUCUGUAGAUGCAAUAUGAAUACUUAAACUUCAAUUACAUGCAGCAAGACAAAUUUCAGGUUUACAGUUAGCUUUAGAGUUACCACCGUUGGCUUAUUUUGACCUGUAGAAACUGUCGCAUAAUAUGGGUGUGGUGGGGCCAACCUCAGCAAGCCUCUCUCUUCAGGUAUUUUUCAUAAUGCUCAUUUUUUGGGGGGGGGGGGG